ACCGUAUCGUCAUUGAGUCGACCGAUCGCGAUUCGCGGCGUAGCGUCUGGUCCUUGCUAGUACUCAGUUGUAACCUCGCGUAAAUUGUAACCAGACGUAUAGUGAAAAUGGCUGUCAGCAGAUUAUCUAUCAUUAAAUUCUUGGAGUUGGCGUUGACGUGCGCAUGCGUCGCGCUACACUAUCACAGCUACAAUGGCGAUGCCGACAUCGGUAUGCUGGUCACCGGUACCUUCAUCGGAUACCUUAUCAUCUUUGCUGGUGCUGCUGCAGGAUACAUAAUGCAAACACCGAGUCAUAAACGCAUUGACAUCUUUUACUCACUCGUCGGCGUGUGUUUGUUUGUGGCGAGUGGAGCCCUUAUCAUUGACAGAUAUCAGCAUUAUGGGAGAAGUGAACUGAAAGACAAAAAUCUUGCGAAGGCUUCGCUAGCAAUCAUCAACGGCGCGCUUUUGCUAGUAGACGCCGUGUUGACACAGCGAGGUGGAUAGAUGGCGCUUUAAUAAAAAAAUAUUAUUAUAACAUAAUAUUUAUAAGUUAUUGAGCUAACGACUUAUAACCCUUUUAUAUAAGUAGUAGUAGAGUAAUAAGGAUUAACGUAAAUCCUUAAAUGUAAAGGUUUAAAAUUUAAAAAUCAGUAUAAUUUGUAUAGACUUUCCUCACUGUCUACGAGAAACAGUAAGAUUUAAAAAAAUACAAACGAAUAUCUAUAUUUUUUCUAUCGUUAAAACAUUAAGUAUGCAUAGAAAUUUGAGAUCGUUUUGUGGACCUAGUCGUGUCAAAGUACAUUCCACAUCUAAAAUUUAAAAAUAAAAUAUUUAUGAAUAUCAGAAUUCGACGCAUUUACCAAAGUAAAUUCAAAAAUUUAAAUGUUUUGAAAACAACUCUCAAACUAUUGCCAUACAAAAAACAAUUCUCAUCUACAAUGUAAUUAAAGUUCAUAAUUCCCUUUAUACCUCAGCUGACACUAAUACAAGUAGUGAAUGCACGCAAAGAUAAAAAUUAUACUCUCUAAAAAUUAUAUGGCAACAUCACUUUUGAGACCUAAGAAAAUAUAUUUCUUUCCCUUUACGGGAAUUUUUAUUACGAAAUACAUUUUAAAACCCACCUGCACUAUUAUUUGUGAAUAAAACGUUUUAUACUAAUUGUUCUUGUCAUAUUUUUAUCAAUUUACACUAUUUAAAUGGCUAUGUCCAUAUUUUUAAUAAAUGUUUUUGCUAUUCCAA